AUGGUUGUUCCAAAGUUCCCGGCGAUCGCGAAGAAGAUUCGCCCGGCGACGAGGCAACAGACGACGACGGUGAAGAACACGCGUCGGGGAAGGAAAAGAAAAAAGCAAGGCAAAGACGAGGACGAUGAAGAAGAGGAAGAGGGCAAAGAAACGGUGAGUGAAAGCGAGUCCUCCCCACGGGGAAAAGCGAAAGGCGCAGACGGAGAAGAAGAAGAAGAACAACAACAACAAAGAGGAGGAGAGGAAAAGAAGACGCCGAGGAAAGAAGACGAAGGAGGAAUGACGACGUUGGCGGCGAAUGCAGAGCAAACAAAGGACAACGCGAUCGAUAUACAGUUAAAACCGAACAUGGAUCCCAGAUUGAAAAGCGAGAUUGAAAACGCGUUCGAAACGGUCACGAGGUUGAUCCAUCGCAUGGACGCGCACAACGCGCAAACGCUGGAACAUUUAGAUAUGGUGAGGAAAGCGACGGAGGAGAGGAAUCGAGCGGCAAAGGAGAAGUUAUUGGAUAUCAUGACGGAGUCGUUUAGGAAAUUGGCGGAUAAGGCGAACGAGUCGGCGAUGUUAGAGGAGAAGAUUGAGGCGAUGAAAGAUAUGAUUGCCAAUCUGCGACAAUCGAUUGGCGCGUAA